UCGGACACUAUCACCACACCACCAAUACUUUGACAGCGCUCUCUGCGGUCGCACUGCAAAAAUAUUUAAAAAAAAUAAUCAAGUGUCAGUGGUGUCAUCUUCAGUUUGAACGCAACGGAAUCUAUUCCUUAGCGGCGUCUUCCGAAGGAUACGACACCAUUGGUAGGAUGAAGGUCUUAAUACUUUGCAUGGCCUUUGUGGCUGCAAGCCUGGCGAUGCCUGUUGCUGAAGAGAAACCAGAACUGAGUGUAGUGCCCGCUGUACAAUCGGAAAUCAAACCGGAGGAGCCCAAGCCCGACAUUAAAUUACCGGAGCCAGAAGACGUUGAGGACCCUGAGGUUGAGGCCGCAGCUGAGCCUGAAAAAGAAGAAAAACUUCCGGAACCCGAAGCGAAGUCUGCUCCUGCCGAGUCUAAGCCAGCCGAACCGGAACCCGAGGUCAAACCCGCCGAACCAAUAGUAGAGGAAAAGAAAAUCGAGAUCCCAGAGCAGAAGCCAGCUGCCUCCGAAGAGAAACCGGAGGCCGAGAAGCCAGCUGAAGCUAAACCAGAAAUCAAAUCUGAGCUACCGGAAGCCAAACCCGAGGUCAAGGCCGCCGAGCCCGAGGUCAAGGCUGCCGAACCCGAGCCUGUCAAACCAGUGGAAGAGGUCAAACCUGAAGAAACUCAAGCAAAGGUAGAGGAAAUCAGCGAAAAUAUUGCUCCUAAGAGUGCUCCUAUUCCUGAUGAAAUUAUUGACGUAGUCAGUGCUGUAAAGAGUCCCGCCGCCGUUGCCGACGACAUCGUUGACCCAGUUGCGAUUAACCCAAUUUCUGAGGCUCAACCGGUGAUCACGGCUAAGAGCGCCAAGCCCGAGGAGAAGAAAGAGGAGCCCGCUUCUGAGCCUGCAGCGCCCGCUCCUAAAACUUCCGAGGAGACCAAACCCGUCGAGUCAAAACCAGAGGAGAAGCCCGCAGAAGCCCCCACCCCAGCUGCAGCUGAGCCCGAAGCACCCGCCGCGGCAGCAAAGUCGAGCGAAGCCCCCGCCUCUGACUCGCAGCGUGUGAUCCGCGACGCCGUAGAGGGAGAGAAACUUGCGCCAGAAACCCUCAAAACCGAUGCUCCCAUCGUCGCCGAAGUGACCAAAGAGCAGGCCGUCAAAUCCGCCGAAGUGCCCGAAGCGCCCCAAGCUCUCGAAACCAAGGAGGAACCCAAGAAGGAGGAGAUCAUCCCCAAGGAAUUAAAAUCGGCUGAGGCGCCAAAGGAGGAGAAGGUAGAGGAAAAACCGGAGGAGAAGGAGGAAAAGAAGGAAGAGAAGAAGGAGGAGAAACCGGAGGAGAAGAAGAGCGAAGAACCAAAGCCGGCGCCCGCCGAGGAGAAGAAGGAUGAGCCCGCCCAGCAGGACGAAACCAAGAGCUCCGAGGAGAGCGCAGAGAGCUCGGAGUCGAACGAGAGCGCAGAGAAAUCGGAAAAAGACACCGCUCCUAAGUCUUAGAUUAGGGAUAGAUUAGGGAGCGGCGAGCGCGUGUCGACGGUGCCGCCCCUCGUCACGCGCGCCCCGCCCGCCAGGUAUACGCGCCUCGUUCUAGAAAGUGCGUUAGUGAUGCAUUCCAGAGUGGCAACGCGUGCGCGAUCCCACUAGUUGUAGAGACUUAUUUAAAUAGUGCAACAGAAAAAAUUACCUACGUUGUAAUUAUUAUUUUUCAGAGUAAAUUAUCGAAUUAAUUGUACUGUAAGUAAUGAUAAUAAAAACGUUUUUUAUA